CGCUAGCGAUAUCAAACGCUAUCGCUAUCCUAUCGGCUUCCUUUAAAUUUCAAAUCGUCGACAUCGCAAAUCGAGAAAUUUUAGAGAAGAAUUUGGAAAGACACAAGAAGAUAUGAUUAUUAGGAGUAUUACACGCUGCUCUCGCAUUCGAAAGGUUCCUUCUUUUCAAGCACCAUUACAACGAAUGAAACAGCGCACCUAUUCGACAUCUACAAGCUCCUCUGCUACCGCGCCCACGGCACCUUCACCAGCCUCCAUAUUAGGUGCUUUUACGAAUGAAUGUGAUAAAAUAGCCCCAAAAUUCGAGGUGCAUGGUUCGCAAAUACAAAUACUACGGACGCCAUCAGAAUUCUACGAGACGUUGAAGGUUGGCACAUACUUAAAUUGGACAUUGGCGGAUGGGACGAAUGCUGAUGGAUGGUUCUAGAGUAAAAUACUAGCAGCAGAGACACGGAUUUUCUUGUCGACUUUGUAUAUAGGAAAGACAGAACAUGAAUUAGUACAUACAGUUAUUCUCCCAGUUCAAUAGUACAUAUGAAUGAUAACUAUGUGUAGAUUUCCACACUUCAGCAAGCUCUGCGUGCAAAACCAAAUCUUAAGCUUAGUAUCCUUACUGAUGCGCUGAGGGGUACGAGAGAGUCUCCUAAUGCAUCAUGUGCUUCACUUCUUGCGCCGUUGGUGUCGGAGUUUGGUGCAGAUAGAGUUGAUAUUCGUAUGUACCAUACACCGAAUUUGAACGGGUUGAGAAAAAAGUAUAUUCCUAAACGAAUCAAUGAGGGAUGGGGUUUGCAACAUAUGAAGUUGUAUGGAGUGGAUGAUGAGAUUAUAAUAUCUGGGUAUGCCAUCAUCAACUCCUUGUCCGAUGCAGUUCAGAGGCUAAUGAACGUGAAAAGAGCAAAUCUCUCCAGUGACUAUUUCACAAAUCGACAGGAUCGGUAUCAUGUGUUUUCCUCUAGAGAAGUCACUCAGUAUUUCUACAGUAUUCACAACGCAGUCUCAAGUUUGAGCUUCUUGGUAUCGCCAGACCCUCAAUUACCUGCUGCAUACACACUUGAAUGGCCUUCCUCAAACUCCUGUCCUUCCCCUUUGACAGAUUCCAAGAAAUACAUCUCUCACGCAUCGUCCAUUCUCAAACCAUUGAUCCAAGCUUCGACAGCAUCAAAAUCGAUACCUAGUGUUCCUCAAGCUAACACAACUAUCUACCCCAUCUCCCAAUUCACGCCACUGUUCCCCUCAAACUCCGACACAUCCACCGAGCUCCCCAUGCUCACCCGUCUCCUCACCUUCCUCAGUUCACCAACCAUCCCCUCAUCAUGGACUUUCACCGCCGGCUAUUUCAAUCCCUCCCCGACUCUAACUUCCCUCCUCCUCCACACAAGCUCGAAAAACAAUACCGUCUUAACUGCUUCUCCACAAGCCAACGGUUUCUACAACUCUCUUGGAGUCUCCGGCAUGCUCCCGGCAGCCUACACACUCCUUCUCCGCAAAUUCCUCACCUCCGCUCAAAAACUCCAAGGACCAUCCCCCUCCAUCACUCUCCGAGAAUGGAAAAGAGGAACCGUGAAUGAACCCGGAGGGUGGACCUAUCAUGCCAAGGGACUCUGGGUAUCAUUUCCUUCCCCCUCCUCACCCGCAUCCUCACCCGAGACACCCAAGCCGGCAAUCACGGUACUUGGUAGUAGUAACUAUACCAAACGAUCGUACACGCUUGACCUUGAAACUGGCGUGAUGAUCGUAACUCGAGAUCGGGAGUUGCAGGAGAGAUUGAGGCAGGAGAGGGAUGGAUUGGGUGAAUGGGCGAGCGAGGUGGGAAUGAAGGAGUUUCAGAGUAGUGAGAGGAGGGUGGGGUUGCAUGUUAGGAUCGCAUUGUGGAUCGUAGGCGUAGUGGGUGGCGCUUUGUAGAUAACAUAGUCCUAGUCAUAUUGAGCUAAAGAGGAAUAGAGAGAUGGGGUUGGGGUUCUUGCUAUUAGGAUUUCCUCGUGGUAUGAUAGAUCAAUUUCAGAACAUCUCCAAAUGGAUUUAUGAUG